GAUGAUUAGCUGGCGACUGAGAGUUAGGGUGUUGGGGAGAGAGCGGAGUUGGGGGGCGACUGGGGCAGCGACUUCCUCCCUGUUAUUGGCUGGUGAAGUGAGUGGGGGUGGUAUGAAGGUCCAGCGACUGCCUGGGAUUGGCUGGCGCUGCGGUGAGUGACAGGCAAGGGGGCGAGCUGCGCGACCAGCGGUUUGUUUUUCGGAGCGUUCCUGAGGUGGAGAACGGUGGCCGGACGGAGCGACUGCGGGACUGAGAGACUGGCGGGCGGGCGGGCCGAGCGGCGCCGCCGAGGCCGGGCUGGGCCGAGCCGAGGAGCGCCGGGGAUGUAGCGGGCCACCCUGCCCAUGCCACAGCGCCCGGCCGCGGGCGGAGCCGGAGCCGGAGCCUGGGGAGGCGGCGGGGGGCCCGAGCGCAGCCCGCGCCCCCCGCGCGGAGCCAGGCCCGCUGCCGUCCCCGCCGCCCGGGCCCCCGGCAUGCAGCUCCGGCUGCGGAGGUGACACUCGGGCCCGAGCCGCCGCCGCCGCCAUCGCCACCAUGGAUGAACAGGAGGCAUUGAACUCAAUCAUGAAGGAUCUGGUGGCCCUCCAGAUGAGCCGACGUCCCCGGGUGCCUGGAUAUGAGACCAUGAAGAACAAAGACACAGGUCACCCAAAUAGGCAGAAAAAACACAACAGCAGCAGCUCAGCCCUUCUGAAGAGCCCCACACUAACAACAAGCUCAUGUGCAGGGGCCGGUGAGGAAAAGAAAUUUUUGAGUGACGUCAGAAUCAAGUUUGAGCACAACGGGGAGAGGCGAAUUAUACCGUUCAGCCGGCCUGUGAGAUAUGAAGAUGUGGAACACAAGGUGACAACAGUGUUUGGGCAGCCUCUUGAUCUGCAUUACAUGAACAAUGAGCUCUCCAUCCUACUGAAGAAUCAAGAUGAUCUUGAUAAAGCAAUUGACAUAUUAGACAGAAGCUCAAGCAUGAAAAGCCUUAGGAUAUUGCUGCUGUCCCAGGACAGAAAUCAUACCAGUCCCUCUCCCCAUUCUGGGGUGUCCAGGCAGGUGCGGAUCAAAGCUUCCCAGUCUGCAGGAGAUGUCAAUACCAUCUACCAGCCCCCUGAGCCCCGAAGCAGGCACCUCUCUGUCAGCUCCCAGAACCCUGGCCGAAGCUCGCCUCCCCCUGGCUAUGUGCCUGAGCGACAGCAACGCAUUGCCCGGCAGGGUUCCUACACCAGCAUCAACAGUGAGGGGGAGUUCAUACCGGAGACCAGCGAGCAGUGUAUACUGGAUCCCCUGAGCAGUGCUGAAAAUUCCUUGUCAGGAAGCUGCCAAUCCUUGGACAGGUCAGCAGACAGCCCAUCCUUCCGCAAAUCAAGAAUGUCCCGAGCUCAGAGCUUCCCAGACAACAGACAGGAGUUCUCUGAUCGGGAAACUCAGCUGUAUGACAAAGGGGUCAAAGGUGGAACCUACCCCCGGCGCUACCACGUGUCUGUGCACCACAAGGACUACAACGAGGGCAGAAGAACGUUUCCACGAAUACGGCGUCAUCAAGGCAACCUCUUUACCUUGGUGCCGUCCAGCCGCUCCCUGAGCACAAAUGGCGAGAACAUGGGUCUGGCAGUGCAAUACCUGGAUCCCAGAGGGCGCCUGCGGAGUGCGGACAGCGAGAAUGCCCUCUCCGUGCAGGAGAGGAAUGUGCCGACCAAGUCUCCUAGUGCCCCCAUCAAUUGGCGCCGUGGGAAGCUCCUGGGCCAGGGUGCCUUUGGCAGGGUCUAUCUGUGCUAUGAUGUGGACACAGGACGUGAACUUGCUUCCAAACAAGUCCAGUUUGAUCCAGACAGCCCCGAGACAAGCAAGGAGGUGAGCGCUCUGGAGUGUGAGAUCCAGCUGCUGAAGAACCUGCAGCACGAGCGCAUAGUGCAGUACUACGGCUGCCUGCGGGACCGUGCCGAGAAGACUCUGACCAUCUUCAUGGAGUACAUGCCGGGGGGCUCAGUGAAAGACCAGCUGAAGGCCUACGGAGCUCUGACAGAGAGUGUGACCCGCAAGUAUACCCGGCAGAUCCUAGAGGGCAUGUCCUACCUGCAUAGCAACAUGAUCGUUCACCGAGACAUCAAGGGAGCCAACAUCCUCCGAGAUUCUGCCGGGAACGUGAAGCUGGGGGACUUCGGGGCCAGCAAGCGUCUGCAGACCAUCUGCAUGUCAGGCACAGGCAUGCGCUCGGUCACUGGCACGCCCUACUGGAUGAGCCCCGAGGUGAUCAGUGGUGAGGGCUACGGAAGGAAGGCAGACGUGUGGAGCUUGGGCUGCACUGUGGUAGAGAUGCUGACAGAGAAACCACCUUGGGCAGAGUAUGAAGCCAUGGCUGCCAUUUUCAAGAUCGCCACCCAGCCCACCAAUCCUCAGCUGCCGUCCCACAUCUCUGAGCAUGGCCGGGACUUCCUGAGGCGCAUAUUUGUGGAGGCCCGCCAGAGACCUUCGGCUGAGGAGCUGCUCACACACCACUUUGCACAGCUCGUGUACUGAGCUCGCAAGGCACAUUGUUGCCAGCUGCCCCUGCUGCACGGGCAAGGGGCUGCCGAGGGGCUCGGCGAAGUUGCUGCUUCUCCCAGGCAAUGCUGUGGACCAUGGAGCUCCAGUCCAACCAGCGUUCGUCUGCGCCCCUUCCACCACUGGGGCUCAGAGCCACGGUGGGGUGGCUGCAGCCUCAAGGACUGGGAGCCCCCAGCCUGCCAGACCUGAGAGCUCCAGCAUCCUAAGCUCCACGUGGAGGGGAAGGAGCUAGGAACAGUGUGCAAAGCGCUGAGGGCCUUCCCCUCAGGGCUAUGUGUUGACGCCGCAGUCAGCACCAAAGCCCCACGGGUCUCGGGGCCCAGGACGGACAUGAGGGUCUGAAUAGUGUUACUUUCAUUCAGAGUGUUAUUGUGUUUCUCCUCCCAUGUCUGGAGACCACCAGGGCAUCUCUGGGCUGGAUAAGCCCACCCAAGCCUGAGGUAAAGCCCAACAUCCCACAGCCAAUGGAAGGCAGAGGCUGGGGCUAUGCUCUCCCCAGAGCCCCCAGGUCAGCUUCGCCAGUCCCUGUCCUUUACCAAAGAUGAAUGAAGCAAAUGUUAUGCUGCCUUAUUCAGGGAAGGAGGAGCCCAUCCUGCCUGCCCCCAUGACCCCGUACCCCCCUUCCCCCAGCAGGGGCUUGAGGUGUGGAACUGCCCCCACUUGGGGGGGGGGAGACCCCGUUUUGUCAAUGCAAUUGUCUCUGUUUUACAAGUUGGAGUCACUCUUAUGCUGUAUCCAGUUUCUAAACUGGAGACUGUGUGCCCUCGGGCUCUAAGUAUCCCUGUUGUGGGCUUGGGCCUUGGGCUGGAUUGGAAAGAGCUGAAGGUAAUGGCCUUUGUGUUCCUGACUCGGCACCUUUUCCCCCACUGGAGCAGAAAGGAAGAUGGACAGCGUGGUGAGGGGAUCUGACCCAGCUGGCUGCCCUGAGCCCUGGGCAGGCUCUUCUGGAUAGCCAGGGAAGCCGGAUCAGGCUGUCUGUGAGUCAUGACCCUGCUAGGCCAGAGCCCUCUCUGCCUGGUAGAAGGGAGAGUCCGUAAGAGGUCACCAACUCUGUCCCAAACUCCCAUCUCUGUUCCUCCUUGGCCAGCCUCGCCCAUCCCCAUGAGGUCUCACCCCUUUCCCUUCUUAGCGGAGGAAUGGUAGCAGGGGUCGGGGAGCCAGUAUCUCCAAGCAGCUUAGAGUUGGCCUUAUUUACCUCAGCCUGGGCGCUGGUCUUUUCUUCCGGCCCCUCCCCUCCAAAAUGUGCCUAUUGCUAGAGCUCCUCCCUCCCAACACCCAGUUUCCUUGGGAGUCGUCAUUAAAGGAACAACAACAACAACAAUAACAACGCCAGUGCCCAGGGAUGGGCCUCUCUGGGGAGCUUGGGAUUAGCGCCAGGCAGCUCAUUGCCAGCCAUGCCCACUUCCCCUCGGGCACCAGAACAAGCCAAAGCCUUCGUUGUAUGUUGACGAUGCACUUUUAUGAAUGUAGUUUCUAUCGCUGUUUUUAGCCUUUUCACAUCAUGUAAUGUGAGGCCUUGUACUUGUUAAUUUAUAUCUCAGAUCAUA